UAUUUUUUUUAUCAUUCUUUGCAUCAGUUCAGGCUGCGAGUGUGUUGAUAUGAGACCGCCAGCCAUCAGAGAGAGGAUGGAGGGAGAGGGUCUAAUCAAAAACUCAGGUCAUGUGACCAUGCGCGUGCGGGAGCGCUGUAUAUGUUUAAUUCCAUUUCCUUAUCCGGGGGUCCGACCGAAGGCUUCCCAUUGGCUGGCUGUGGUCACGUGGAAUCCUAACUUUGUUCACUUGACAGAAAAGUAGGAGGGUUCAAGUGAACAGGAAUAACCGAAGACUAAAGGGAUGACAUAUAAAUUUUAGUUAUAUAUCUUUUCCAGUCGGCGCAAUUUCAGAAAAAGACUGAAAUUAAUGGCCAUGAGCUCCUACUUGAUCAACUCCAACUAUGUUGAUCCGAAGUUCCCACCCUGCGAGGAGUACUCACAGAGCGACUAUCUGCCCAGUCACUCCCCGGACUAUUACAGCUCACAGAGGCAGGAGCCCGCAGCGUUCCGGCCGGACUCCAUCUACCACAGCGAGCACCACCCGGAUCAUCGUCACCAGCCACGGGUCGAGCCGCCGUACACGCCGUGUCAGCGCUCACCGCAACCUUCGGUAGUGACGUCCCCUCAGGGGCGCACCGCUCUGCCCACCGGGCUCCACACCACCCCCCUGUCGGAGCAGAGUCACCGCUGUGACUCGGUCACGCCGAGCCCACCUCCACCCUGCGGCCAAAGCGCUGCGUCCCCCGUCGGCGGUCGAAAGGACCCGGUGGUUUAUCCGUGGAUGAAGAAAGUGCAUGUAAACAUCGUCAAUUCCAAUUACUCGGGUGGAGAGCCGAAGCGCUCCCGGACAGCUUAUACGCGCCAGCAGGUUCUGGAGCUGGAGAAGGAGUUCCACUACAACCGCUACCUGACCAGGAGGCGCAGGGUAGAGAUUGCGCACACGUUGUGCCUGUCAGAGCGUCAGAUUAAGAUCUGGUUCCAGAACCGGAGGAUGAAAUGGAAGAAGGACCACAAGCUGCCCAACACAAAAGUCCGCUCCGGGACCAACAGCACCUCAGGUUCUCAGACUAUGCCCGUUUCUCAGAGCCGCUCCUCCGGACCUCUAUAGUACCUCUCUAUAGUUAGCUUUGUUUUCUCGGCUUCUAGACUGAAAACUGAAGGAGUGACCCAUCAGAAGCUCCGGGAAUAAACACUUUGGACAGGAAUACGAACUCACUUCUUGAGAAGAAAGAAAGACCAGUCAUUGCAUACAGCUGGACUCCCACUGAUUUGAUCCGUUAACAAUGUUUUCUUUUCUUUUAUGUUGGAUUGGGGGGGGGGGGGUCUUGUGAAUCUGUGCAGGAGAAGAACGCACAGACGUGUCAGAACCAAGAACACUAGAGCUACACAUUCCAGCUGUUCGCCUUCCAUAUUCCUAUCAAACUUUACAUCUUCUGUUUUUUUUCUCCCUUUCACUUACUCUUCCAGUGUGACGUCAUCCCUACCAUGCGUCGCUCAGAGGAUAUAUCGGUUUGAAUCUUUCCCUGCUUUUACUUUCUUUUCUUCUCCUCUCUGAGACGUUUUUUUUUCUUUUCUUUCAGAACAUCCUCGUUUCCAUGUUUAAUCACACCGAACCCAGGAGCCAUUCUUCAUGUUUUCAGUGCAGGAUACAAAGCAAAGGGGUGACUCUGCCAACUACCCCGCCCCCCUCAGACCAAUACCCCCCCCUAGCACCACCACCCUUAUAAAAAAUGAACUGUCGCUUCCUCCAAUGCGCGCACUCCACCCCCAUGCACAGGGCGUAAAAACAGAAAGCAGCAUCAUGUAGCCCUGCUCGUGCCUGCAGUGUUCAAACAGAACAUGUAUCCGCAGGUAGAAGCCGACAGGCGGGUCGCUUCAACGCUGCUAGAAGUUUGAACUCGGUUUUCAUGACUUGCUUGUUGGCAGAAUGUGGAUUUUAAACAUGUUAUUUUUGAAGUCAGUAUUGAUUGAUAAACGGUUCUCUGUUGGCUUUGCUUAGACUGGUGUGGAAGGUAACUGGUCCGGUUAUGAUGUUCUACAUGCUGCAGGCGCUGCCUAUAUAUAAAUAAGUAUUUUCCAGCUCAUACUAAAUAUGGAAGUUGCCCACAAGACAUUAAUAAUCACAC